GUUAUGUUUAUUAAAUCAGGAUCUCAUAACAACUAAAUUACUCAAUACUCAAAAGGUAUUAAUAACCACUAACCAGCAAUUACUGUCCUUGUGGCUCUCUCAGAACAACCUGUGUAUGUUGUUGUUAGGUUCUGUAAUUAUUGUAAAGUAACUUGCCUUUAGUCGUAGACACUACUUCCUGAAUUCAGCUUCCAUUCAGUUUUGUUAAUCUAUCGCCCAAUAUUUCAAAGAAAAUGUUUAAAGUCAAUUUUUGUAAGUUAAAUCGCAGCCAUCUUAAAGUCAUUGAAGAGUACAGAUCAGUCAAAAAAUCAAAAAGAUGGCUUUCUACAACCUCAACACUUUUAGCAUCCAAGGAUUCCAAAGAAACUAAACAAUCAAAAUCAUUCACAAUGAACUUGUUCCGUGGUCAAUUGCAAGCUGAACAAGUAUUUCCUUACCCAGACGUAUUAAAUGAUGAACAGACUGAUACAUUAACUAGUUUAGUUGAUCCUGUUACCAAAUUUUUUAAGGAAGUAAAUGAUCCACUUAAAAAUGAUGAAAUAGAAACGGUAGAACCAAAUACUCUUGAAGGUCUUUGGGACCUGGGGGCAUUUUCGUUACAAGUACCUCAAGAUUUGGGUGGCUUAGGACUUACCAACACACAAUAUGCAAGAAUGGUAGAAAUUGUCGGUGCUCAUGAUUUGGCGGUCGGUAUUGUUUUAGGCGCUCAUCAAUCUAUUGGUUUCAAAGGAAUACUAUUGUUUGGGACUCCUGAGCAGAAAGCUAAAUAUUUACCACGAGUAUCAAAUAAGGAGUUUGCAGCAUUUUGCUUAACAGAACCAUCUUCUGGCAGUGAUGCUGGUUCUAUUAAAACUCGCGCUGUUUUGUCACCUGAUGGUAAACAUUACAUUCUCAAUGGCAACAAAAUUUGGAUAAGUAACGGAGGCAUGGCAGAAAUAAUGACCGUGUUUGCUCAAACACCAGUUAAAGAUGAGAAAACUGGUAAAACAGUAGACAAAGUGACUGCAUUCAUUGUUGAGCGGUCAUUUGGAGGUGUAACAAAUAGUCCACCGGAAAAGAAAAUGGGUAUUAAAGCAUCCAACACUGCUGAAGUUAAUUAUGAAGAUGUUAAAGUACCAAUAGAGAAUGUAUUGGGAGGUGAGGGCCAAGGUUUCAAAGUAGCUAUGAAUAUUUUAAACAACGGGCGAUUUGGCAUGGCAGCUGCUUUAUCUGGUACUAUGAGAUCAGUAACUGCCAAAGCUGUUGAACAUGCAACUUCUAGAAUACAAUUUGGAAAACGGUUAGACACCUUUGGUGGCAUUCAAGAAAAACUUGCCCGUAUGGCCAUGCUCCAAUAUGUUACUGAAAGUAUGGCGUACAUGAUAUCUGGUAACAUGGACUCGGGAUCUGUAGAUUAUCAUUUAGAAGCAGCAAUCUCAAAGUGUUUUGCAUCUGAAUCUGCAUGGUAUGUAACUGAUGAAGCAAUACAAAUACUUGGCGGUAUGGGCUACAUGAAAGGUACUGGUUUAGAAAAAGUUAUGCGAGACUUGAGAAUAUUCAGAAUAUUUGAAGGUACCAACGAUAUCCUCAGAUUGUUCGUAGCCUUAACGGGAAUUCAGUUUGCUGGAAGUCAUCUGAAAGAACUCCAAAGAGCGUUUAAAAAUCCAACUGCUCAUUUAGGACUGAUUCUUGAAGAAGUAAAAAAACGAGCCUUGUUCUCUGUUGGUUUAAAUACAGCACCGUCGUUAAGUCAUUUAGUCCACCCAAAAUUAUCGGAUGCUGCAAACCUUGCUGCACAAAGUGUUGGUUUAUUCGGACCAGCUGUAGAAUCACUGUUAAUUAAAUACGGAAAAGGUAUAAUUGACAAGCAGUUUCUUCUAAACAGAUUAGCUCAAGCAGCAAUUGAUACUUAUACUAUGACAGUGGUAUUAUCUAGAGCUACAAGAGCACUAAAUAAGGGUCUUCCAACAGCUGAUUAUGAAGCGUUGCUUACCCAAGUUUACUGUGCUGAGGCUAGUGACAGAGUAAUCAACAAUAUAAAUCAACUAAAAUCUGGUAAACACUUAGAUACCUUCUCAAAGAUGAGUAGCAUUGCUGAACAAAUGUGCGCAAAUGGUGGAAUAGUACAAGCAAAUCCUCUGAACUUGUAAAACUAUUAUUUUAAUAUUAAUUAAAUUCCUAUUCUAAAAUGAUUAUGCAAAACAUGAAACACUGGGAAAAUAUGAAUUAUAAUAUAACCUAAAUAUCUUAGUUUUAAACACGAUUAUUGAUGUACCAAUUACCAACUUAAUAUUUUACCUAGUAAAUUAUAUAUUUUUUUAAAUGUGCUGGAUAAUAUUUUAAAGCAAGUCAAAAUUUUAAUGCAUGUGGUACAAGGAAAAUGUAUAUUUUGUUUAUUAUAACAUAACUUGUAUAUUGUUGACAUUUAAAUAAUAAACCAUAGUACUGGUAUUAGAUUAAAUUACUGAUAAUUUAUUGUUGCAUAUCAAUAUAUAUAUAUAUUUUUAUAAAUUAA